UGGUAGUCGCCAUUACGGGAAAACGUCGAAAGUGCAGAAGCACAGUCCAGUUCGGUUCGGGUAAUUCGUUUGGAUUUUUCACGUUGUAACCGUGCGGAAAAUGCGUCUUUUCGGGUGAAAUUCGUCGGACCGUGUCACGGUGAUUCGUUUGCGGAUUGGUACGGUUGGGAAUCGGUCCAUUUCGGGGCCCAAAUCGUAGUUGCGGAAAAGACCGUCAAUUGAAACGGAUUCAAGACUAUGCAUAGUGGAAUAAUGAAUGUUAUCAAUAUCACAGAAUUCAACUUCAGCAACGCAUCGGGAUUGCUUUCUUCGUUAUCAACAACAUAUGAACUGGAGUGAUAUGUUAACGUAAGUUACCCACAAAACUGCAAAAGUGAAGUGUUUUUAUCCUCCCAAGAGUGGAAUAAUCAUCUGAAGCAACAACUUGUCAGUGAAAUACAGAAAUCUACAACGUAGUGAAAGCAAAUAAUUGACGAAUCGUCGUCACCCUCGUCCUAACAAAGAGAAGACACGCGGCGCGGGUGGUGAAAAAUUCGAGCAGAUUUCCCCAUUCUACACCAUCGUCGCCGCCACGACACAACACCAGUAGUCUUGCUGCACCGAUUUGGUUGCUGGUUGGGGUGGAGAGGACAGGAGGUUCAGCUAUAGUUGAAUCUCCCUGCGGGCCGCCGAACCAGGCGUCGUCGUCGUCGUUGUCGUUUGUGGAAAAUUUGCUGCCAAAAUGAGCCGAAUGGCGCAGAAAAAGGAAGGCAAAAUGCGGAUUCGGGCUUUCCCGAUGACAAUGGACGAAAAAUACGUCGAGUCCAUCUGGUCGCUGCUGAAGAAUGCCAUCCAGGAGAUUCAGAAGAAGAACAACUCGGGCCUGUCGUUCGAGGAGCUGUACCGCAAUGCGUACACCAUGGUGCUGCACAAGCAUGGCGAGCGGCUGUACACCGGCCUCAAAGAUGUCGUCACGCAGCAUCUGGAGACGAAGGUCCGGGACGAGGUGCUCCGCAGCUUCAAUUGUAACUUUCUGCAGACGCUGAACCAAUCGUGGAACGAUCACCAGACGUCGAUGGUGAUGAUCCGGGAUAUUCUGAUGUACAUGGACCGGGUGUACGUGCAACAAAACGACGUGGACAACGUGUACAAUCUGGGACUGAUUAUCUUCCGUGAUCAGGUUGUCCGAUAUGGUCGGAUUCGCGAUCACAUGCGAGAGACCCUGUUGAACAUGGUAAUGUGCGAGCGAAAGGGCGAAGCGAUUGAUCACAUUGCGAUCAAGAAUGCCUGCCAAAUGUUGAUGGUACUUGGCAUUAACAGCCGGUGGGUGUAUGAGGAAGAUUUCGAGCGGCCCUUCCUGACGCAGUCGGCAGCGUUCUACAAGCUGGAAUCUCAGAAAUUCCUCUCGGAAAACAGUGCCAGCGUGUACAUCCGGAGGGUUGAGGCACGCAUCACUGAGGAAGCCGAACGGGCCAAGCUGUAUUUGGACGAGAGCACCGAAUGUCGGAUUGUGGAGGUCGUAGAGGACGAGUUGAUUAAGAAACACAUGCGCACGAUCGUCGAAAUGGAAAACUCCGGCGUGGUGUAUAUGCUGAAGAAUACCAAAACGGAAGAUUUGGCCUGCAUGUACAAGCUGUUCUCCCGGGUGAACGGUGGACUGAAAACGAUUGCCGAUUGCGUGUCGCAGCACCUGCGUUCGAUGGGCAAGAAUUUGGUGAAAGAGGAAGACAGCGGAACCAACCCGAUUACGUUUGUUCAAAACCUGCUGGAUUUGAAGGAUCGCUUCGACCAUUUCCUGCACCACUCGUUCAACAAUGACAAAAUCUUCAAGAACAUGAUUUCGUCCGAUUUUGAACACUUCCUCAAUCUGAACAACAAAUCGCCGGAGUAUUUGUCGCUGUUCAUUGACGAUAAGCUGAAAAAGGGAUGCAAAGGAAUGUCAGAACAAGAAAUCGAAACGAUAUUGGAUAAAACAAUGGUACUCUUCAGAUAUUUACUAGAGAAGGACGUGUUCGAACGUUACUACAAGGCACAUCUAGCGAAACGGCUGCUACUGAACAAGUCGGUCAGCGAUGAUUCGGAAAAGAACAUGAUAUCUAAAUUAAAGACUGAAUGCGGUUGUCAAUUUACCUCAAAAUUGGAAGGCAUGUUCAAGGAUAUGUCGGUAUCUAACACGGUGAUGGAAGAGUUCAAGAACCACAUUAGCAAUGAUCCCUCCGCGCUGGAUGGAGUCGAGCUGUCGGUUCGAAUUCUCACCACUGGCUUUUGGCCAACGCAGUCUGCAACGCCAAAUUGUAACAUACCGCUGGCGCCCCGGCGAGCUUUCGAAACGUUCAAACGUUUCUAUCUGGCAAAGCAUUCGGGACGGCAGUUGACGCUACAACCACAACUUGGUACCGUUUACAUGAACGCAGAAUUCUACGGAGUCAAAGCCGACAAGGAACCCGUGGAAGGCGGAUGCAGUAGUACUGCUACCGUAGCCGGUUCGUCCGCUCCAUCCAUGUCCCUCGGUGCUCCUAGAAAGCACGUGCUACAGCUCUCCACCUACCAGAUGUGCGUUCUGAUGUUGUUCAAUAACCGCGAACGCCUGACGUACGACGAGAUCCAGCAGGAAACGGACAUCCCAGGAAAGGACCUGAUCCGGGCGUUGCAGUCACUGUCGAUGGGUAAACAACAGCAGCGGUUGCUCGUGCGGACGCCCAAGUCCAAGGACAUCGAACCGACGAAUGUGUUCUACGUGAACGAUGCCUUCGUGUCGAAAUUCCACAAGGUGAAAAUUCAAACCGUGGCCGCCAAGGGCGAAUCGGAACCAGAGCGAAAGGAAACCCGCAGCAAGGUAGAUGAAGACCGAAAGCACGAGAUCGAAGCGGCGAUUGUGAGAAUAAUGAAAGCGCGAAAGAAGAUGGCUCACAAUCUACUGGUGUCGGAUGUGACCACACAAUUGAAGAGCCGGUUCAUGCCCUCGCCGGUGAUCAUCAAGAAGAGAAUAGAGGGACUGAUCGAGCGCGAGUAUCUGGCACGGACGCCAGAGGACAGAAAGGUUUAUGUGUAUUUAGCUUAAAAUUUCAAGCCCAAAAAAACAGAAUGGUGGAUUGCAAUUAGCGACAUUUACCGGAACGCGUUGCGAGACACACGUACACGUACACGUACACACACACACACACACCCCACACACUCAUGCAACGGUCACUCAUUCAUCUACGACUCAAAAACGCCACAUCCCAAAACUCCGGUAGUCAAGCUGUUCGUUUUUCGUAUCCACUCAACACUCAUCACUACUUAGGAAGUGCGUCAAUGUGAAUAAAUGCGGAUGCCAAGAUCGCAGUGAGAACAUCAAGUUCCAGUUUUCCUCCAAUAUGUCUCGCUCAUUUACGCCGUUUCGUGUAAUUUUUCCCUCUAGUAAUUUUCAAUUGGUUUCUCUAAUUACUAGCCGAGAUUUUUUUUUGUUUUUGACGUAGGACUACGCGUCUUUGUUUUUUUUUAUUCAUUUUCUGUACAGUAUGAAAACGCUUGUCGUGUGAUCGAUUUUGUAUUAGCAUUUACUCUUUCCCCAUUACAUAACUGCAAUUCUUUAGAAUUUGCUUGCCUGCUAUUGUUGGAAACAAGCCAGAUGGCGAGGAAGAAUUGGGAAAAUUACAACGUAACGCGCCAAACUAUUAAUGACGAAUCUUCAAGCAGUAAACUAAAUACCACUUACUCUAGAGCAAGACCCUACUAGAGUUGAAAAUCCCCGGAAGUGGCUAAACACUUUUAAUAAUAAAUGAAAUAAAGGAAACAUUUUUGGAAUAAGACAUCUAAGAACAGCAGAUGCGAGACGAAGAGUGCAUAUUAUAUAGUAAUUAAAGUAAUUUAAUAAUUAAAUUUGAAAAAAAAAUAUUAAUAAAUAUAGAGAUUAGAGAGAGCAAAAUCGAUGCGGAAAAUGAG